AUGAGCCUGCACAAUACUCUUACCGUUACCCUCUUAGCCCUGCUUUUUGUUAUUACUUCAUUUGAUGACGAUAUUGACAUCAUGAGCUCUUCCCAUGUCAUCGAAUCCAAUACCAUUGGAAACAACGUCCGGAUUCACCAGGGCAAUGUGAUCCAUAAUUACGCCAGUGCCCCCUGUGAACCUCGCGUCCUGAUUCCUUUCCUCCGCAAUGAAGAGCUUAUUUGUCGCCGAGAUAUCAUUGACAAGCUGGACAGUAUCUUGCCACCAUCUGAUGAGAGCUCUACCGCUGCCCUCUAUGGGCUUGGAGGCUCAGGCAAAACUCAGAUCGCCCUUGACUUUGCCUAUCGCCGGUGCCAAGCCUCCUCCUGUUCCGUAUUCUGGGUCCAUGCCGACAACGAGACGACAUUCAUCCAAGACUUCAAAGCGAUCGCGAAGAAGCUGGGUCUUUCAACCAGUCUCGAGGGUGAAGAAUUCUUGACGACCGUACGUGACGGUAUCGAGUCGAACCCCCCUUGGGUACUUAUUCUAGAUAAUGCGGAUAACUUGGGACUCUUCGGUGUCGACCACUCUGGACAAGACGCUUCGAAUCGGGGAGAACAUGCAUUAAACCUGGAGAAGUUCAUCCCACGAGGACCAAGGGGCCAGGUUCUUUGGACGAGCCGCGAUGAGCGCAUCGCUGGAGGCCUUGUUGCAGCUCGAAGGGCAAUUGAAAUCCCAAAGAUGGCUCCAGAUGAGGCGAAAGAGCUAUUCGAAAGUAUCAGAAAUAACCAAGAGAACAGCGAUGCCGCAAAAGAUGUUGACGAACUUCUUGAAGAACUCGAGUGGCUACCACUCGCUAUAUCGCAAGCUGCGGCCUACAUGAAGAAAACUUUGACAAGCGUUGAGAAGUAUGUCGAAAGAUUGAAAGAUGAAACCUGGAACAUUUCUAUGAACUAUCUUCAAGCUGAGAAUAAGAUGGCAUAUCAGAUUUUACACAUCCAUGCAUUUCUAGACAACCAGAACAUCCCUACCGAGUUGAUCAAACAGGCAGCUCUCUACAGCGACGGUACAAACGAUACGGAACUUAGUCAAGAAGCUCACAGUGAUGACUCUUCGUCAGACUCUGAUCGCGAGGAUGAUGAGAUACUUGAAGCUGUUGUCCGUCUCUGCGACUUUUCAUUUUUAAACGUACAGGCCAGUGGGGAUGGAAAUCGUGCAUACGAGAUGCACAAGCUAGUACAAGAAGCGAUGAGGUACGGGCUAGGCAGAAAGGAGAGAAAGAAAGAGGAGGAAUAUUUCUUGGUUGCAGCACUUGAGAUUACCACCAAUCUCUUUCCGGGCAAUCGUCUACCCGAGGAAUGGAACGAAUGUGAUAAGUAUAUUACACAUGCCCAGCGGGCGUGCGACAACAACACUGAGACGAUGAAGAUUAUGGCGACUGUUGCAAUAACUCAUCAUCUACUCGGUAAGCUUGAAGAGUCAGGAGAGAUGAUGGAGAAGGUAGCGAGAUUACGGCAGGAGAUCCUGGGCAACGAACACUACGAUACACUACAGAGCAAGAGAAUUCUCGCAACGAUAUAUUCUGAUACCGUGUCAAACUUCUCGCAUCGCGCAGGAAAGUAUAAAGAAGCUGAGGAAUCGAUGACGAAAGCUCUGAUAUUGCUGCGGGAGGUUUUUGGCCAUAAAGAUCCCAACACACUUUGGAGCAUGGGAAAGCUUGCAAUGAUAUAUCAGCGACUGGGCAGAGAUGAAGAGGCAGAGGGACUAGCGGUAGAAACACUGGCACUGAUGCGGGAAGUUUUUGGCGAUAUGCAUCCUUACAUGGUCGAUACUACGUGGGUUCUUGCAAUAAGAUACCACACAGUUGGCAGACAAGAAGAGGCGGAAGAAAUGAGGGCAAAAACACUGGAGUUGCAGCGGCGGAUAACUGGCGAUGAUAGCCCUCCAGUAGUCAAGCUUGCGGCAUAUUUCGAAGAAGUAUUUCGCGUAACGGAUACGGGGACAGAGGAAGCGACAUAG